AUGGAGACUUUCUACUGUGUAAUGCUUUUAUUGCCUGGCCUUAUGGCAGCAGUUGACAUGCAAAAAGAAAUCUCAGAAAUACGUAAUAUACUUCAACAACAGGAAUCGCAAAUAAUAAGUCUCCGUGAUGAAAACCAGGCUAUUCGGAAAGAUGUUAGUCGACUAGAUAUGGAAAAACAGUCACUGAAAACGGAGGUUCGUUCCCUUCGGAAACACGUCGAUCGACUAGAUUUUGAGAACCUGGCACUUAAGAAGGAAGUUGACAGUCUUGGGCUGAUAAUGUCGUCCAAAGGAGUCAAGAGAACAAAUGGUACCCAUCAUCAAAUAGAACAUAAUAAAGAGGUUUCUAGAAUUGGGGUUAUGAAGGACAAAAAAGGGAUAAGGAAUCGUUACCCAAAAACAAGAAGAGAGCAACUGAAAGCUAAACGUUUGAUUGGCACAGGCCAGGUAAACACACAGACCAUCACGGCAUUUUAUGCUUAUAUGACUACGAAUGAACCACAUCCAAGCACCCAUCAUCAACUGAUAUUCGAUGAAGUAAAAACGAACCUUGGUAAUGGUUACAGCAAAUUCACCGGAACCUUCACCGUUCCGACUGCAGGGGUGUAUGUCUUUACGUACAAGUUAUACACUGGUAAUCAUGGUGCUAUCCAUUUUGACUUACUUGUAAAUGAUGCUAUAUACGAUAGCACAUAUGGUGAAACUGACGAUGUCAGUGCUGACUUCGACUCCGAUUCUGGGACUAUUGUGGUAGCAGUCAACCAAGGUGAUAAUGUAUACCUGCGAUCAUACGAAGACUGUACUGGGACUGUACUAGGUUAUAGAAAGGCAAAAUCCACAUUUGCAGGAUGGAAAUUGAACUAA